UUUCCUUAUGAUAAACCCAAAGCUGUACUCUUCCACAAGUCAGUGAAGUCACCUCAACGUCCUACCCAUAUCACCAUGAAUAUCACCAGAAACACUAAGCCUCAUCAGCUUUUGGAUUCUCUCUAAGGCCAAGAUCCAAAAACCUACUGCAUUUUCCACUCUCUCUUUCAAGUUUCCAGAAUGGAAGAAGAAGAGAAACCCUCAACAGAGCUAACCCUAGCCACUACUUCCAGUGCACCUCAGUCUCAGUGCCCACCAGAAGAUAUAGUUUGGACAACUUUGACUUUGGGGCUUCCAUCUUCAACCUCCGAGAAGAGAGAAGCAGUGGAUCAAAACCCUGCUCCUUCCAUGAAAAAGGGCCCUUGGGAGAUCAAGAAGAGGUUGACCACAAGCGACCUUCGAAACCGGUGCAAGCUUUUGGCUAGAAGUUUGGAGAAACAUGUUAUGCCCUGCUUGGAUGAGGAGUUUGGACAAAGGGUUUCGAGCAGAGAGGGUGCAAGGGUUAUAGUUUACGAUUGCGAUACAAAUUCCAACCAUCAACUGAUUCUCAAGUAUUACAAGAGCUCCGACAGUUAUGUUUUCGGUAGAAAGUGGGGGAAGUUUGUGAGGAGGAGAGACUUGAACAUGGGUGACGAAAUUGGGCUCAGCUGGGAUGUUCUCGACUCCAGGUUCUUGUUUUCGGUUCUUCAACGGGCAAACCAACAACCUGCUAGCUCUUCAUCGAAUUCAAGAACGAAGCAUAAAUGA